AUGAACAGCACUCUCUUACCGCCACCAGAUCCGUCCAUCGCCCGUCAAGAACCAGGACCAGAGAACGAUGCUGAGUGGUACAAAUACAAUGACACACCACUGUUCUGGCUCACUCGGGAGGAGAUUGAAACGCUCGGCCAGAACCCCGUACGGCUGCAAGAUGAGACCGUGAGUAUUGGGGACAAGAGGAAGACCUCUAUGUGGGAAAGUAAGAACCAGUCUUUAUAG